CAUUGUAACAAAUUAACCCAUAAAACCCCCUCAAAUAAACCUCAACUCAUUGUGUGACCAAAGUUAUUAUUACAUUGCAUAAUCAACCAUGUCAAUGAAGUUGUACGCUUCCCUUACCUUUGUGGUGUGGCUUUUCAUGGCCACAUCGUCCCUAGCCCAAUACGUUCUCGACACAAACCGCGAACGCGUCGACAGCGAUGAUGAGUACUACAUCCGGCCAGCCAUAACGGACAACGGAGGGCGUUUCACAUUGAUCAACAGAAACAGGUCGUGUCCUUUGUACGUUGGUCUCGAAAACACCGACACGCCACUAGGCUAUCCUGUGAAAUUCACCCCUUUUUCCCGCAACAACAACGAUGAUGACGACGACGACAUAAGGGUGAAUAGGGACCUCAGAGUGGCGUUCGAUGAAGUUUCCACAACGUGUGUGCAAUCCACAGAAUGGAGAGUGGGUGAGAACGACACGAGGAGUGGAAGGAGGCUUAUUAUCACUGGCCGAGACGAAACCACGGGAUCAUACGGUAACUAUUUUAGAAUUGUGGAAACAGAAAAUGUUGGUAUCUAUAACAUUCAGUGGUGCCCUACCGAAGUGUGCCCCACUUGUAGAUUCAUUUGUGGCACUGGUGGUAUUCUGAGGGAGAAUGGAAGGAUUUUGUUUGCCUUGGAUGGUACUCCUCUCCCAGUUAUGUUCCAGAAAAAAGAUGAUUGAUUUGAAGAGAUAUUGUGGGGUUUCUCCCCCUUGUUGCUAAUAACUUCUUUCUUAUGGUGUGGCUAAUAAUAUAUGAUGGAGCUAUCAUCCAUUUUUAUUGGAUGAAAUAAAGAUACAUGUAUAGAGAUGUAUUCAGUAUUAUUCAGUUCUUGAUUUGUAGAAUAAAGCUCCAAAUUGUUAUGAGCAUGUGAUUCAUUUACUACUUGGAUUUUGUAAUAAUAAUAAUAAUACAUUUUUAUUUUUGUGGAGUUUUUAA